GAAUACGCAAAUAAAUAAGACUUUUCCAGCAACAAAGCAAACUUAGUUAAAACUCGGUCAGAUUUUGAAGGAGUGACUGGGGGAUUUGUACCUUCACAGCAGGUGGACGUCGUCUUUUGUUGUUUCGCCUUCGAGUCGUUGAGGAGGAGGAGGAAGAAGAAGAAGAAGAAGAAGCAGAAAUGGCCAACUCGGGUCUGCAGAUUUUAGGAUUCGCCCUGGCUCUUUUGGGCUUAAUUGGACUGAUAAUUGGCACCAUUUUGCCGCAGUGGAAGAUGUCCGCUUAUGUCGGGGACAACAUCAUCACAGCGGUGGCCAUGUACGAAGGGCUCUGGAUGUCCUGUGCGUUUCAGAGCACAGGCCAAAUCCAGUGCAAAGUCUACGACUCCAUCCUGCAGCUCAACAGUGCCCUCCAGGCAACUCGUGCCCUUAUGAUUGUUAGCAUCAUUGUGACUGUGGCUGGCCUGGGUGUAGCCUGCAUGGGAAUGAAGUGCACCAACUGUGGAGGAGAUGACAAAACGCGCAAGUCCCGCAUUGCCAUGACUGGAGGCAUUAUCAUCCUGAUUGGAUCUUUGUGUUCCAUUGUUGCCUGCUCUUGGUAUGCUCACGACAUCAUCCAAGCCUUCUACAACCCUUUCACCCCCGUCAAUACCAAGUAUGAGUUUGGUUCUGCCAUCUUCAUUGCCUGGGCUGGAGCGUUCCUGGCUGUUGUGGGAGGUGCCAUGUUGGCAGCAUCCUGCCCAAGAGGGAAAUCUACACCGAAGUAUCCCAUCUCCAGACCCCCCAGCAGCAAGGAAUACGUUUGAAUAGGAAUAUCAUUACCUGUUUUUAUUUUAUUUUAUUUUAUAUUUUAGAUUCUUCAGGGCUACCCUGUCAUGUUACUGUAUAUUUUAACAAAUUGAUUCAAUUUUUAAAUAAUGGCUGUUUACUUCAUAAAGAGCUUAUUUGCCCUUGCCCUGUCUGGAGCUACAGUCAGUGCUUACUGAUUUGUAUACUACAUAGUAUACUGUCCACUUAGUUGACACCUGUGAAGCACUAAGUUUAAAAUUAAGGUGAAACACCCAUAAUAACAUACAACUUGGUAUGUAGAAGAUUGUUCACAUGCUGAAUGCGACAAUGUACACACAAUAAAUUGUGCAGUGUGUUUGGGGAAACUGUUUGAAGGAACUGAAUCUACAUCAGGUAUGGAAAUAGACAACUUCCACCAUUUGUUACUGUGUUGGCUGAAUCCAUAGAGGUUAAACAUCUGGCACCUGAGAAGCAAUUUGCUACCAUUAUUUCCAUGUAUAUGUGCCUUAUUUAUAUGAACACAGCAAAUCAUUCAGUACCAUUGUAGACUAUUUUUGUUUUUAAUCAAGUGCCAGAGUGAAAUUGUAACAGUAAAUUACAGUGAACUAAAUCCAUGCAGUCCGAUUACCAAUGUUUUUGCUGACAUACAUACAGCAACAGAUGUUGUGAGCGAUGUAUUUGUUGACUUGUUCUGUAAUUACAGUUUGUGUGAAUGGGCUUGGCUUAUCUCGCAGGCUUUUUAGUCUCAAUAGCUGUUGCUGCACUCAUAAAAUUUUCAGUUUUUUAAGAACAUUUUAAAUUGUGAUUUUGAAAAGUUUGUUGUACAUAAAUAAAAGUGGAAAAUGUACUUGUUUUUGGCUUCUGUAAAUGCCUUUAUUCUAAAUAAUAAAUAAACUUGCAUAAAAGGG